CAGGUUGAGAGAUCAGCAGCUGAGGCUGUGCACUGAAAACUCCGGGCACCUGCAGAAGCUGCAAGAAUUCAAAGCAUUUGCAGAGUCUGCAUCCUCUCCAUCCUCCUCCUCUCCCUCCCUCCCCUGCUCAGACACCUCUUGUGGUCCAUUCCUGGUACCCUAUUUAAUUCCCUCUCCUGCUGCAUCAUAUCUUGCAUUGACAGUACUUCAGCAGUUAUCCUUACAGGGGACUCCCCAUUCCUUCUGAUUCUCCAGCUUGGUUGGAAUAUCAUCGUAUUCCUUUUGAUUUUUUUGUUUUUUUGUGUUUUUCAUGCUUGUCUCCGCUCAGGAGAAGCUCGCAGACCUUGCUAAUCUCUCCCUGCUGGCUUGGAAGAAAAUAAACACUCUGAUUAAAGAAAGAAGGAUCCUAUCUGGAGGAGAUUUAGUGAUUCCAUCAUGCAUCACCCUGUAAUCCUUCUCCUGUGCCUCUCCAGUCUCGCUGGGGCAGCCAACCUACCUCCUGAAGACCUCAGCCAGCCAGUCACGGCAGAUGUGAUCGUCCCCACAGGAGGUACAGCAAUUCUCAAGUGUACAGUGCAGGAACACCUAGAGUCUUCACUCCAAUGGUCUAACACUGCUCAGCAGACUCUUUACUUUGGAGAGAAAAGAGCCUUACGGGACAACAGAAUCCAGCUGGUCCAUUCCAGCCCCAAUGAGCUGACCAUCAGUAUCAGUAAUGUGGUAUUGUCUGAUGAGGGCGAGUAUACUUGCUCAAUCUUUACUAUGCCGGUGAGAACAGCCAAGGCUGUGGUUACAGUUUUAGGCGUGCCACAGAAACCACAGGUUUCUGGGUUUGAAUCUGCAUUUAAGGAGAAUGACAAGGCCAAACUGAGGUGCACAACAAGUGGAAGCAAGCCAGCCGCUAAUAUCAAAUGGUAUAAGGGACCAGAGGAACUGGAGGGAGCAAAGACCAGCGUAUUAGAGGAUGGUAAUGGCAAAACCUUCACAGUAAAGAGCUUUAUUGAGUUUGAUGUGACCAAAGACGACGAUGGAGCUGAGAUAACCUGCGCUGUUGGCCAUGAGUCACUACAUGACUCGGCUAAAUCUUCCAGCCACAAGAUUCAAGUCCAGUACAAACCCACAGCAAAGAUUGAGUCCAGGCCCAGCAUGCCAAGAGAGGGUGACAAACUGCGACUGCAGUGUGAUGCCUAUGGAAAUCCUGUGCCUGACAACUAUGUCUGGGAGAGAGAAAAUGGAGAGGUCCCUCUGUUAGCCAACAUUGAAGGAAACAGUUUGGUUUUCUUCAACCUCAACAAAACUGACAGUGGAACCUACACCUGUAAAGCCUCCAACACAUUAGGGACUUUCAUCACCCACUACAAGCUUGACGUCAAUGAUGGCCCGGUAUCGCAUACAGACCCAAGCCCAAUCCCCUCCACAUCCAGCAUAGAUCAUGCUGUCAUCGGAGGAGUUGUAGCCGUGAUCGCCUUUCUCCUCUUCUGCUUGCUCAUUGUCCUUGGACGCUACUUGAUCAGACAUAAAGGUACCUAUCUUACUCAUGAGGCCAAGGGAUCAGAUGAUGCUCCUGAUGCUGAUACAGCCAUCAUCAAUGCAGAGGGCGGACAAGGUGGAUCUGAUGAUAAGAAGGAAUAUUUCAUUUAAGCUCCGACCCUUUAUUUUGAAGACAAAUCAAAGGCAAAGAGUGAUGACAUGUGAUACAAAAAUGCACCUGCAGAACAAAUUCAAACCAACUUUAGGAAAAUCUGAUUCACAAGGAGAACUCUCUCUCUUACUAAGUCAAUGCAAGAUGGAGUCAAUGAAAAAGAACAGAGUGCGUCAGAGAGAGAGAGAGAGAAAAAGAGAGAGACAGUGAACGCAUAGAAAGCAUGAAAGCAUCAUGCUUCUUAAACGAACUUGUAAAAAAGUUAUUACUAAAAACUUUUAAAACUAUAAAAAAAAAUUGCUUGCUUAAAAUCUACAUAUCUUCAGUGAACGCACUAAUCUAACAAACAAAUAAUAAUCAAGAAUUUAAGAUCUGUUCUUUGGUUUCUUUUCUUUUGAAAUGUGUAUAAAGUUUUAUUUUUUACUUUGGAAUGUUGAGAGGGAGGCGAAAGAUAUAAUUUAAAUAGAUUUGCCGUUUUGGUUGCUAGGGUAAAUAAAACAGGUAGGAUAGAAGUUUUUGGGUUUUUUUCCCCAAGAUUUUCUUUGGAUCCUGUCUAUACAGGGGGCACUAGAAUUAAACUUGUUUUUUUUUUUGCAAAUAUUUAGGCAGUUCUUGAUAAGUUCAAAAGGAGUGUGGGUUAUCCAUCUUAUGUAGGACACCAUGGAAAUGCCCAUUUUAGGGUACGGCAGUAAGAUUAAAAAUUAAAGGAACAUUGCCCAUCCAUCCCCUGGAACAAUCCUUCUUCCUGUCAAGAGUGGUCAGUGAACCUAACUGAGUAUAUUUAAUAAGCAGGGUCUUAAUUUUAAAAGAAAGUUAGAAGAAAAAGUGUUAAUUAUAAAAUAUUUUACAUUAAAAGCUUUCUGUAUCUCCUUGUCCAACCAUGAAGUAUUCCCAUUAAACAGGAUCCAAUCACAGUGCUCCAUUCUGAGUAGCGGGUCAGGAGUGAAGCCUUCUGGUUCUAGUUUCCAACCAGGUCUAGUUGCCAACAUUCUUAAGGGGUCUGAAUGCAGAAAGAUGACAAUAAAACACUUACUGAGCAUUUUAAUCAGAAAAAUUCAAUCCAACAAAUUCAAAUUCAGGGGCUUAUCUCAACUUGGCAAGCAUAGGCCACCCAGUAAAAAUUUACAACAUCAGCCAUAUGGAAAAGAUGAUGAUAUAAACCAAUCAAUCAAUGUAUUAUGUCAUACUCCAUAUGUACCAGGCUUGACAUAAAUUGUUUUGUUGCAUUGUGACUCUUGCAUUGCCAAUAAUUUGUAAUUUUAGUCAUUUCAGUCAUAAAAAUGUACACACAUUUGUGCUCAGACGCAGACGCAGGGAUAAUGGCGGCUUAAUGAUGCAUCUGAUGCCCUCAGAACACCCUUCAUUUUUGAAAGUGUGACUGUGGAUCCAGAUGCUUUCUUUAAGCCUGUUCCUUCUGUAUAUAAACUUUUAUUGUAGAGGCUAAAAUCAAUGACGACAACAUACUCUUGUUCAUUCAUAAACAAUAUAUAAAGAUUGAGCAGACUGUAUUGAUGUAUCUACUCCCAUUCAAAGGAGCUGUUCUAAAUAAUCCAACUUAGCCAGUUCCAUCUGCAUGUAGUCUGUUGUAUGUAUAUAUUCACAACAAACCAUAAGUUUGCUAUAAGUGCCCUUUCAUCCCACAUAUUUCCAUGCUACGGAUCACAUACCUCAAUAAAAACUCUUCCAGUCAUUUUCUACAUAGGAAAAUAACAAAUCUAACUAUUAAACGGUUAUAAAAGAAAGACACCGACCUGGUGACUUUUAUUUAUUUAUUGUAUAUUUCUGUUUAGUGGUCUUCUCAUUGCGCCAAUGAGAAAAAAUGGUUUAUUUGUUGCCUCCUGUGUAGCAUUAAAGUGGCAGUAAUGCUUACCGACAAGACCUCCUGUGUCCAAGAGCAACUUUAACCCAGUUUAAUAACCAAUUACCAAGAGCCAGUAGACCAAGCUACUGACAGUUUGGAGAUAAAUCAACAAGGAGCCAGUCCAAAGAUAGAAUUAGUCUAAAGAAUAAAUGAAAGUAUUAUAAGAGGAAGUUAUGAGGAACAUUAACCAAUAUACCAAGCCAAUGUUUUAUUUAAAGUGCGCUCUUUCAUAUGCAACUUGCUUUUGAACAUUUCUGCCCAUUCAAUCUCAGUCAACCUGGUGCUUCCCCAUAGAAUUUAAUGUUAUAACAUAACUAUAUAUAAUUAUAUAUAUAUGUACAUAAGUUGGGUUACAAGAGUAUUUGUGAACUCUUUCACUGGUAGACGGGCCACUGAAAGGGUCAAUGUUGUAUCUAUGGUUGUUUCAAUGACUGUUGUUCUUAAUAUGUUUGUUACUAUCUCCAUGUUUUACUUUUCACACUCAUAACUUAAAUGUUUACUGGCCUGUCUGGGGUGGAUGUUGUUAAUAUGUAAUAUAUUGAGCAUACUGGAAACAAUGCCCUACACAUUGAGGUCUUCCUCUGCUUCAUUCAUCAUUAAAUAUAUAUAUAUAUAUAUAUAUAUAUAUAUAUAUAUAAUGGGUGGUUUGAUCUAGUGGCCAAUAGAAAACUUGCACAUCAAUCCACCCUUUCAUUUGGAAGCCAUAUUUGUAGAGUUGUUUUUAACAUUCUGCCAUUUUAACAAUGGGUGACCAAAGGCCAACGGCCUUCUGUAAACCACUAAAGGCCCAUCAUUCCUCUUAGUUUAUUGGAUUUGUGGAAGCCAUUUCUUUUAUUAAAUAAGGUGAUGCACAAAGUGGACAUUAAGGUAAAAGAGAAGCACAGAUAAUAUGGUGGGGCGGUGAGCUCAACCCCUGAAAGACAAGUCAACCUCACCAAGACCACAUCUCAGAUUCUUUCAAUGCUAUUAGGUUUGGACAAAUAGCAUUUGUCUUGAAUUAAAUUAUGAUGUAAAUUCCCUUCAAUACGUAGUUUCUACCCAAUGUUUUUUAUUUCCUUUUCCUUCAGGAAAUUUCAGGGUCUCCCUUUAAUCUAAAGAAGGGGCAAUUAUGAAACAGGAGUACAGAUUUCAGUAGGAUAUAUUUCUAUAGAGAACCAUAUAGUUGGACAGAGGUUAUUUUUUGUGCAGGGUUCAAAACAAAGUUAUAUUUCCAAUGACAAUACCACUCGUGGUGUGAUUAUUUUGUCGGAAUGAGUAAUUUUUGUGUACCAUGAAUCAAUGUGUAUUUUAUAUAUCCAAAAAUGUCAGGUAUCUGAAAUAUCUAUCACCCCCACUGUUUCCAUUCCUGUCAUUUAUUUUGGAUUUCCCUAUUGCCACAACCAAUUCGGAAGAAGGGGACAGAACAAGAUGGAGGAUAAUUUAGAAGCAAUAAUUCUAGAUUGGCAACCAUGGUGUCUUGGGCAGAUGUUACUGGGGCGUCCUUACUGCAAAAAAGAAUGUUUAAAUGGCAACUUCAUUAAAGAUACUAAAGUA